UCUGCGCAGGGUGAAUUUGGACCAAUAAGCGAAAAGCAUGGAGCAGUGGGGGCGGGACUAGUGGACAGUGCAGAUUGUGUGUGAAAAGUGUAUGAGAAACAGGAGCAGAGGAGCGGGUAGUACGGUGAGCUGUUUAUAACCUCGCCAAAAUGACCAAACUUGGCUUCUUACGUUUGUCCUACGAGAAACAGGACACACUGUUAAAGCUGCUCAUUCUGUCUAUGGCUGCAGUCCUGUCAUUUUCCACCAGACUGUUCUCUGUGCUGAGAUUUGAAAGUGUUAUCCAUGAGUUUGAUCCGUAUUUCAACUACCGUACCACCCGCUUCCUGGCAGAAGAAGGAUUUUAUAAGUUUCACAACUGGUUUGAUGACCGGGCAUGGUACCCUCUUGGAAGGAUCAUUGGUGGAACUAUCUAUCCAGGACUGAUGAUCACCUCGGCCGUCCUGUACCACGUUCUACACUUUUUUCACAUCACCAUCGACAUCCGCAAUGUCUGUGUCUUCCUCGCUCCUUUGUUUUCCUCCUUCACUGCAAUUGUCACAUACCACCUGACCAAGGAGCUGAAGGAUGCAGGAGCUGGUCUUCUUGCAGCAGCCAUGAUUGCUGUGGUGCCUGGUUACAUCUCACGUUCUGUUGCUGGUUCCUAUGAUAAUGAAGGUAUUGCCAUCUUUUGUAUGCUGUUGACCUAUUACAUGUGGAUCAAGGCUGUCAAAACUGGCUCUGUGUACUGGUCCUCCAUGUGUGCUCUUGCAUACUUCUACAUGGUUUCGUCAUGGGGUGGCUAUGUUUUUCUGAUAAAUUUGAUCCCCCUUCAUGUCCUGGUUUUGAUGCUGACUGGACGAUUCUCCCACCGCAUCUAUGUGGCUUACUGCACCGUGUACUGUCUCGGCACAAUUCUUUCCAUGCAGAUUUCUUUCGUAGGCUUCCAGCCAGUGCAGUCAUCAGAACACAUGGCUGCUUUUGGGGUGUUCGGUUUAUGCCAAAUUCAUGCCUUUGUGGAUUACCUGCGGAGUAAACUCAACGCACAGCAGUUUGAGGUUCUGUUCAAGAGCGUCAUCUCCCUGGUGGGCUUCAUCCUGCUUUCAGUGGGAGCUGUCUUGAUGCUGACUGGAAAAAUCUCUCCAUGGACUGGCCGUUUCUACUCUUUGCUUGACCCCUCGUAUGCCAAGAACAACAUUCCCAUCAUUGCCUCAGUCUCUGAACAUCAGCCCACAACCUGGUCCUCCUACUACUUUGAUUUGCAGCUGUUGGUGUUUAUGUUUCCAGUUGGGCUGUACUACUGUUUCAACAACCUGUCGGACGCAAGGAUUUUCAUCAUCAUGUAUGGAGUGACCAGCAUGUACUUCUCAGCCGUCAUGGUGCGUUUAAUGCUGGUCCUGGCUCCAGUCAUGUGUAUCCUCUCUGGUAUCGGAGUGUCCCAGGUUCUGACCACUUACAUGAAGAACCUGGAUGUCAGCCGCCCAGACAAGAAGUCCAAGAAGCAGCAGGAUUCCACCUACCCGAUCAAAAAUGAGGUUGCCAGUGGGAUGAUUCUGGUCAUGGCCUUCUUCCUCAUCACCUACACUUUCCACUCGACCUGGGUGACCAGCGAGGCCUACUCCUCUCCCUCCAUUGUCCUGUCUGCCCGUGGAGGAGAUGGCAGCCGCAUUAUUUUUGAUGAUUUCAGAGAGGCUUACUACUGGCUCCGACACAACACCCCAGAGGAUGCCAAAGUAAUGUCAUGGUGGGAUUAUGGAUACCAGAUCACUGCCAUGGCUAAUCGAACUAUUCUAGUGGACAACAACACGUGGAACAAUACUCAUAUAUCCAGAGUUGGGCAGGCUAUGGCGUCUACAGAGGAAAGAGCGUAUGAGAUUAUGAGGGAACUGGAUGUUAGCUACGUCCUGGUCAUCUUUGGAGGGCUGACAGGCUAUUCGUCUGAUGACAUUAACAAGUUCCUUUGGAUGGUGCGUAUCGGAGGAAGCACUGACACAGGAAAGCACAUUAAAGAGCAUGACUACUACACGCCCACUGGGGAGUUCAGAGUGGAUCGUGAGGGCUCUCCUGUCCUGCUCAACUGCCUCAUGUACAAGAUGUGCUACUACCGCUUCGGACAGGUCUACACAGAAGCUAAACGCCCACCUGGUUAUGACAGAGUGAGAAAUGCUGAGAUUGGAAAUAAAGAUUUUGAGCUGGAUGUUUUGGAGGAAGCUUACACUACAGAGCAUUGGCUGGUUAGGAUAUACAAGGUGAAAGACCUGGACAACCGGGGCCUGUCUAGGACAUAAAACCAUGUGACAGAACCCUUUUUAGCGCACAGCACUGAAAGCCUUCCCCUUUGAUCAGCAGAUGAAUGGAAUACUUUUUAUACUUUUUUGUUUGGGGAGGAAUUGCAUUAAUGAGAUUAGUGUUUUGUGGAUUUUGUUAUUUUGUAAUAAAUGUCAUCUGGGAUCAGAGGGAACAGGUGUGAAACGUCCUGUAAAACUAUAUGAUGGAAGAAAGCAGCAAUGUUCACUUAAAGUGCUCUGGAUUUUUACAUUGUGGUGAAAUAAAAUGGAAAAAAAUGUGACUAAAAA